GUCCGUCUCGGCAACUCCGGCCUCAAGAUCUCCAGGAUCAUUCUUGGAUGCAUGUCCUACGGUUCUCAGGACUGGCAAGGUUGGGUUCUUCCAGAAGAAGAAGCAAUUAAGCACAUCAAAUUUGCGUACGAGCACGGAAUCACGACGUUCGACACCGCAGACAUGUACUCCAACGGUCUAUCGGAAAUUAUUCUCGGCAAAGCUAUUAAACAGCUUGACCUCCCGCGCGGCGAGAUCGUCAUCAUGACCAAGCUCUGUGCUCCCAUUUACAAAGACCAGACCAUCAAUCAGAUGCUACCCUCUGAGGAGUUCGGCGUGAUCAACCAGAGGGGACUCAACCGCAAGCAUAUCUUCGACGGUGUGAAGGCUGCACUGGAGCGUCUCCAGACAGACCAUAUCGAUCUUCUUCAAUGCCACCGUUUCGACCGUAGCACUCCCAUAGAGGAGACGAUGCAGGCUCUUCAUGACGUCGUCAAGGCCGGCUGGGUGCGCUACAUCGGCAUGAGCUCCUGCUACGCAUACGAAUUCCACGCGAUGCAGAACUACGCGAUCACGAACAAGCUCACGCCGUUCAUCUCGAUGCAGAACCACUACAGCCUGCUGUACCGCGAGGAGGAGCGCGAGAUGAUGCCGACGCUCAAGAUGUUCGGCGUCGGCGCGGUCCCGUGGUCGCCGCUCGCGCGCGGCCUGCUCGCCCGCCCGUUCGACGAGAAGACGGCGCGGGCGACCGAGGACGCGUUCAUGGGGCUCGUCGACGGCAUCAGCUUCGGCGCCGAGAUCGUCGGGCGGGUCGAGGCGCUCGCGAAGAAGAAGGGCAUCAGCAUGGCGCACGUCGCGAUGGCGUGGAUCAUGUCCCGCCCGGGCGUCGCGGCGCCGAUCGUGGGCACGACGAAGCUGUCGAACCUUGAGGACAUUCUGGGCUCGCUCGAUGUGGAGCUUACGGAGGAGGAGACGAAGUACCUUGAGGAGCCUUACCGGCCGCUUCCGGUCUUGGGGCACCGAACAAAUGUCGUGGCAGACGCUUUUCUCGUGUCGUUGUGUUCAUUGAAUCGCAAUUCAGACAAGACCAGAUAA